AUGUCGUUGCGGAGUGAGGCUAAUGUUCUUUUGGAGGUCCGCGAGGAGCGUCUUCAGUACCGCCGUGGUUACCGCCUCUGGGAUGCUCAACCCUUAUCCACAGCAGUUGAAAUGGGAGACAAGCCAGGUUCAGGGCUAAAAGUCGUUGGUCCCAGUUGCCCUAUAGUAGCCUCUAUCAACUCUACUGUGGAAAUCACUUGCAGAUUUCAGAUUGAUGGGCAAAAAGUGAAUCUCGAUUUACUUUCUGUUAAAUGGUUUUUCGGAGAAAAAAUACUUUUGGCAAAAAACAAUCUGGAUAAAGAAGUGGCUUCUAACCAAACGGCGACGAUGUACUUGCAGACUGCCAAAGAUGGAAUUUUUACUCUGUUUUUACAUAAUGUGACCAUUGCUGAUCAAGGCGGAUACACGUGUGAUGUGUUUUAUGGCAAAGACAAUGUAAAGGCCAAAAUUGAUCUUCGUAUUGAAGCUUCUCCUGCUAUCAAAAUAUCCAAUAUCUCACUGAAAUGGAACAUGCUCAAUCAGGUGUACUGCUGGGUUACUGGCUUCUACCCAGAGGAAAUGAACAUGACCUGGUUCAAGAAUGGGAUUCCUCUGCUUACCGCACAUGUGGACAAAAAGAGGAAUGCAGAUGGCACAUACAGCAUUAUCAGCUCAGUGAAUGUCACCCCAAAUGCGAAUGAUGAGUACGUGAUCAUUGAAUGCCAGGUGGAGCAUUCGUCUCUACAUAGUGAUUAUAUUAAAGCUUACAUAGUGGGAAGAUUAGGUCUCAUGAAAACAUUCUUUAUCACCAGUUUGGUGUUUUCACUGAUAUGUGCACUCCUGAUGGUUGUCACAAUUUCUGUUUUUAUCUACAGAAGGAUAGCCAAGCCCCAGGUAUUAGAUGAAAAUCUUAUUGAGCAAGGCCUGGGCAAUCUAUCCACUAAGAAAGCGUCUGUAACAGACUUAACUCGGUGCCCAAAAAUGGGAGACAUCAUCAUACCACGUUUGGUAAAUGGCACAGAAGCCACACUUCAGUGUAAAAUCUCUGGAUAUUUCCCUGAUAAGCUGGAGGUUAUGUGGUUAAAAGUGGAACCUUUAAUGAAUAAACAGGUAUUUGUUUCUCCCGGUGAGAAAUACAAAAUCCCUGUAAUGGAAGUGACCAGAGAGGAAGAUCAGACCUAUACCUGUACGGCAAAUCUGAUUGUUAGUGUGUCCGUAGCUGAAGAUGAAUACACAGAAUAUAUCUGCCAGGUUGAACAUCCCAGUCUUGAUAGACCACUGGAGAAAAGGACAGGAAAGCUGUGUGUGACCGGGAGUCCAACUGUCAAAGUGACCUAUGAAACAGUACAUUCUAAAACAUGGCUGAGAACGGAUGUUAAAGGUGUAUUUCCCCCAACAUGUACUGCGGUCACUUGGAGUCGCGAUAAAGGCAAAACAAUUGUGCAUUACCCUGAGUCUGUCAUUAGCAAUCAAUGGACAAUGAACAAAGAUGGAACAUUCAAACUAAUCAGCAAAUGCCAGGACAAAUCUAGACGAAAAAAAGCACAAAAAUAUUUUCACGUGUCGGUGAAAGUUAAACCACAAGACCCACCAGUAAAGACAAGCAUUUUGCUUGACAAAGAAGAAUUCCACUUCAUGGAAAUACUGAAAGGAGAAUGA